AUCCUCUUGCGCAUGCGCGCUGCUGAGACUCGCUCUGGCUCCAGCUCUAGUGACGCUGUGGUGGGUUUCGCUCUGCUGGCGAUCUGUGCAGACAAAAUGUCAGUGGAAAAGCGCCUGGCAUAUUCCAUAGUGCAGUUCCUCAGAGACCAGACACACUGUGGUUCACUCAAUUCAGAUGAACAGGAAAGCCUCGAAGUUGCAAUACAAUGUUUGGAGACCACCUUUAAGAUCAGCUCCAGUGACUGUAACCUUGAAGCUCCACAGCCCCUCAGAGAGAUGUUUCUGAACUCCCUCCUCAAGAAUGACAUUGUUUCAUUACAAGAGACGUCUCCAUCUCCAGAGGACAUUGAAAGGGCUGAACAGCUGAAGAAUGAAGGGAACAACCACAUGAAGGAGGAGAAUUAUAGCUGUGCUGUGGAGUGUUACACAAAAGCCAUCCAUCUGGACCAAAGAAAUGCUGUCUACUACUGCAACAGGGCUGCUGCACACAGUAAACUGGGGAAUUACACAGAAGCUACUGGUGAUUGUGAGCGGGCAAUAGCCAUUGAUCCGACAUACAGCAAGGCCUACGGAAGAAUGGGACUGGCAUUGACUUCCAUGAGCAAGUAUCCAGAGGCCAUUACUUAUUUUAAGAAGGCAUUGGUAUUAGAUCCUGAAAACGAGACCUACAAAUCCAACUUGAAGGUCGCUGAGCAAAAAAACAAAGAAGCAUCAAGUUCUACGGCUGCAGGACUGGGCUUUGACAUGGCCAGCCUCAUCAACAAUCCAGCCUUCAUUAGCAUGGCUGCCAGCGUUAUGCAGAAUCAGCAGGUGCAGCAACUAAUGUCAGGAAUGAUGUCUAACGCUGUCGGAGGGCCAGCAGCAGGGGUUGGAGGCAUGUCUGAUAUAUCCAGCCUCAUUGAGGCUGGGCAGCAGUUCGCACAGCAGAUCCAGCAGCAGAACCCAGAGCUGAUUGAGCAGCUGAGAAACCACAUCCGGAGCCGCUCUUUUAGUGGCAGUGCUGAGGAGCAUUCCUGAUCUGCACAGAGCCACGUGAGAGGAAGAACAGACAAGGCAAGCAGAGAAGGAGAAAGAAAGUCGUGAAUGCAAUCUCUACACCCAUUCUUUCAAAUCUGAGCACUGGCAGAGCUGGAGUGAGGAGAGGGAAAAUGGGGCUGUGGCACUUUACAGAGACUGAGGCUUCCGUCCGGGAGAGAGGCAGAGGAAACAAGUCAAGAGCCCCUUUCACACUACACCACUUCCCACACCACUGCUAAAUAUGACAUCAUGCCAUUCUAAGAAUGGACAGGAAUAUUUUAGGAAAUGCUAGAAAUAAUUUAAAGGGCCAGUAUCACUGCAAACCAAAAUUUCUCGUAAAAAGAGUUUCAAAAUGUUCCCUUCACUCUCCAGCCCAUAUAUGCAAACUAAGCUUAUUGAGCUCAUCAAGUUUGUGAUGUCACAGCAAUUUACACAUUUACAGAACCAGUCUACGACCAGUUAACCCUCCCAUUUACACUAAAUUGAUAAGUAAUGUUGUUGCUGCGGACAGUCUAUAACAGAGAUAUUGGAGUAGAAGAUAUGUAAAAAAUGAUGAAUUGUUGUGUUGUUCCUGGCUGUCAGGAAGCAAAUCAAUCACUGUAACCUUUAAUGUAAACUAUUUUUUCCUGACAUUCCUCUUAAUUUUAAGUCCCAAACACAAGUUUGUUCUGUACAAAAUGAUUUUUGAUGUGGCCUCAUUUUACUUGUUGAAGGUCAGUCAAUCAGAACAGAGGUUACUUACAUACAUCAGUCUUAAAAGCACAGUGACAAAAGCAGCCUGUUUAAUUCUAUGAAUGGAACUGGUGAGAGGUCGGUAUAAAGUCGUGUAUAACAAGAAAAGUGAAGAAUGUGGGCCCUUUAAAGUGCUGCAUCUAAUGGAAACCAUUCUAGACCGAAGUGGAAAGUGGAGUAGUGUGAAAUUUCUGAGCGUCUGAGAAUCUCGUAUGGCGUGCAAGGAGCUAAACCAUCCUUAAACUAACAGUACUCAGAGAGAACUACCAUCCAACACAGCAGACUGGUGAUCUUUCGUGCUUCUCUAUAUCUGUGCGUAGACUUAUGUGCCAGUCCUCUGCUCUUUUCAUGAUGACGCCUGGCAAUGACACAUCAGGGUCGAGUGCGUUUCAGUUCCAUUUUAACUUCAAAUUCAUUAUUGAUUUUGUGCCUAUCGAUUAUUUAUCUUUGGGUCGUAGUCCUUGAUAAACGAGGAAUUUUAACAUAUUAAAUGAUGCGUUUUACUGCACUUUAUGUUCAUUUUAGGAACAAAUGAAACAUUUUAUGAAUGAUUUAAAAGAAACCUGUUUACGUAUGUGACUUUAGCUUCACUGUACUUCCAUCUAUUGUUUAUUUAUUCUACAUUAGGGUACAAAUGAUGUUGCCAGAAUGAGCAUAACGUCUCAGCCUAAUUUAUUUUUGCAUGCUCCAUAAUCUGAUAUUUGUAGUCAGAUGUGUAAUUUAAGCUUCAGAGAAUAUGCGUGUAAACACAGAGCUCUUUAAUGUUUUGUCUGAAGAAAAAAUUAACAGGCAAAUAAACGUGUCUUGAAAUCGC